AUGCAAAGCCCGGGGACAGGUCUCUGUUCCAGAUGCGAAGCGGUUGAGCUUGCUCUAUAUUUCCAAGAGGAACGGCACGUUAUGCGACAGCCGUCAGGAUUUGUUGGACCUUCUCGGGAUGCAACAAUGCUAUGCUCUCUGACAGACCUUCACGCAACAUCCGGUACCUGUGCUCUCUGUAAAUUGGUAAUGGAGGCCUUUCUGAGGAGGUGGGGUCCGGACCAGUGGUCGACUGCAGACGAGUAUAUCGAGUGGGCUGAGAGCGCGCCAGGUCUAGAUGCGAAACCUCAAAUCUACCUCUUCAGCUACCUCUUUGCAGAUGACCGAUACGAAGGAGCUAAGAUGCUGCCAAAGGCGGCACUGAACCGACCAGCUCUUCGUUUAGGUAUCGCACUGAGAGGACCGUCAGGCGAAAAUAGACCAUACCUUGACCACGCGGGAGACAUUCAACUACUGUCGACCAACUCGCUUAUUCAUGGGCCUAGGGCAAUCUUUCAUGGAAGAAUCGUUGAUCCUGAUCGCACAAACGUUCAGCUUGCCAGGGAAUGGAUUGAUGAAUGUGAGCAAGGCCACGGAGACCUUUGUGAGACGGCAGGUGGCAGAGACGACUUAGCCUACGCCAGACUGGCACCCCGGAACCUUCGCGUGAUCGAUGUUAACUCCAUGUGCCUCGUCUUUCUCCCUGCGGAGGCCAGGUACGCUGCGCUGAGCUAUUGCUGGGCUCAAUCAACUCGCCACUUUACUACGACGAUGUCAAAUGUGGCACGUCUUCAAGCCUGCGGCGGCAUUUCAAGUGUAUGGGAUGAGCUUCCAGGUACAAUCCAGGACGCAAUCGAAUUUGUCCGAGAAAUUGGCCGAGAGUUCCUAUGGGUCGACGCCCUGUGCAUGGUCCAAGACGAUGACAAGGACAAAGAAGAGCAGGUAUUACAGAUGGAUCGGGUAUACGACAACGCGCUUUUGACAAUCAUAUCGGCCCCUCCAAGCGCAGAAAGGCCUUCACAAUACGAUGGUCUGCCUGGGUACCGUCUGAACCGCCAGCCAUUUCAAGCAACGGCCAGCAUACAAGGUCUCGAGCUUUGCACUACGCAGCUUGAUGUUGAGCAAGCAACACUUACGAGCCCUUGGAACACACGAGCUUGGACUUUUCAGGAGCAUCUGCUCUCCAGAAGACGGUUGUUCUUCACCAACGUACAGCUCUACUUCCAAUGUCCGUGCGGAGUCUUCUGUGAGGACGUCGUCGGCGAGGGAAAAUCUCCUUCCGCAUUUAUAUAUCCUGGAACCAGCCUUUGGAAUAGCAGCGGAAUUCACAAUGAUGUAUCAGAAGGCCAAAAGGGCAACGCCCUGGGGCUCUCUCGAAGCAUGUUUUCGAAUCCUUCGGCGGCUUUUAACUACUACGCUCACAUAGUGGAACUAUAUACAGGGAGAGAAAUGUCAGAUCAAGGAGAUGCGCUAGCGGCGCUAGAAGGAGUGAUAUCUAUUCUGAGAGCCACUAUGAACACCGAGUUCAUUCAUGGCCUUCCGGAGACCUUACUGGACGAGGCCCUUCUCUGGCACCUGCGGGAACCCCACCGGCGACGAACGGCACUGCUGACUGCGACUCGUGGCGUGGGCUUUCCGUCGUGGUCAUGGGCUGGAUGGGACGCUUUGGCAGAUUAUCGGGCACAGUUCUCCGGAUACAUUCGACGCGAAGUUGAGUGGUACCUUGUUAAUAAAGACGGCACCGCAUUCAGUCUGUCACCUCCCAAUGGCUCGGAACCGCCGAAGCCGUACGAUCCAUCGAGCAGAGAAGAUAUUCGUCCAAUAGGUCGUCCGCCAGCGACGUUUUUGAACGCCUUGCGACCGCGAGAAGAGCUGACAGCGCAAGAUUCAAGAUCUUGCUCCCUGUCCUGCUGGACAAGCAUUGCGACCUUCCAGUUCCUGGGCGACACCCUCGAUCUCGGCGAGGGCGACAUAGACUGGAAAUACCACAAAGCCUUUAUUAUAUCUGACCAGAACUCGCAGCCUGUGGGGACCAUAUUCCUCGAAAAUUCUUGGGAGAACAUGAUCAAGCAGAAUCGGCAUCAGAGGUUUGAAUUCAUGCUUCUAUCCCGGUCCAGCACGGUAGAUGACAUGGUUGUCCUGGAUGACAUGUUUCCUAUGAAGGAGUGGUGUUUUGUCAAUGUCAUGCUGAUUCAGAGGGAUGCUGAUAAGGCAGAGAGGCUUGGGGUGGGUGUCGUGCAUGAGUUGGCUUGGAUAACUGCGGCGCCGGAGUCAGCACUACUGCAUUUGCGGUAG